AUGCCCAGCAGACACGCCCUCGACUUCGACCCCCUCGACGAGGCACUCAAGCCUCCCCCAGACGAGUCCGACUCCGAACAUGCCAUCAGACUUGCCCAGGAAGCCGAGGCAAAGCGUGUCAGCCAGGCCAUCGACGAUUCUCUCCGUGCAGAACGCCAGCUUCAGAAAAAGAAGAAUGUCGUCAGACUUCUCCUCCUUGGCCAGAGCGAGUCAGAUUUUCAGCGACUAUAUACACCCAAUGCCUUCCGCGAAGAACGUGUCCUCUGGCGCAGUGUCAUCCAACUCAACCUCGUCCGCUCUAUCCGUACCAUCCUCGACGCUCUCUCCAAUGUUCGCAUCCAGCAGCCCAUCGACAGCGGUGGCGACGAAAGCGAUGAUGGCCCCAACUUCCCUCAAGAACUUGACUUUCUCAAAAUGCGUCUUGCUCCUCUUCGCCAUAUCGAAGCUUUGCUCAUUGCUAAGCUUGUACCUCCAAACGAAGACGAGGCGAUAUCACUUCCCGCCAGCAGCUCUGUCAGCAAUUAUCAGUCCACCCGCAGUAGGAGCAGCGAACGUUCAUGGCGAACCCAAGAGGUCUUCGUUCGUGCUUUGGCAAAGAGUUCACGCGCCAACGGCCGCCCUCACUCUUUUGAUGCGGUGACCCCGGGUUCAAGGGACGAGGCGCAGGAAGUCUUACACUCAUGUCGUCACGAUAUCAUGACCCUAUGGAACGACAGAACGGUUCGUGAAAUUCUACGCAAGCGGAAGAUCCGAUUAGAAGAAUUCCCUGGCUUCUUCCUGAACGACCUUGAGCGAGUGACAUCACUAAAAUACACACCCAAUGAUGAUGAUGUCCUCAAAGCACGUCUCAAAACUGUCGGGGUCUCGGAGUACAGAUUCGAAAUGGAGGCUGCUGCUGGACGUGAGAGCGGCACCGAAUGGCGGAUAGUAGACGUUGGCGGGUCAAGGUCGCAGCGUCGUAAAGCAACAUGGGUGCCAUUUUUUGAUGAUGUCGAUGCCAUCAUUUUCCUUGCUCCAAUAUCUGGGUUUGAUCAAGUCCUCGCAGAAGAUCGGAGUGUAAAUCGUCUUGAGGACAGCGUCUUACUUUGGAAAGCUGUGUGCUCAAACAAACUACUUGCCAAUGUCGAGCUCGUGCUUUUCUUAAACAAGUGCGAUAUCCUCGACGCAAAGUUGAAAGCAGGCGUUCGUUUGUCAAGAUACGUCCGUAGUUUCAGCGAUCGACCCAACGACCUCGAAACAGCAUCUAAAUACUUCAGAAGCAAAUUUAGUGCAAUUCACCGAGAAUACUCGCCAAACCCACGCAAAUUCUAUGGGUUUUGCACUUCUGUUACGGAUACGACUACGACCGCUGGUAUUCUCGCGAGUGUUAGAGAUAUGGUUAUACGGCAACAUCUGAAACAAUCCAAACUUCUAUGACAGUCACAGUUUGUCUAAGGUCUCCACCACAGACAACAAAUCGCUCUAACUUUAGGCCAGGCACCCAGCACGUUCUUUCCAUCCUCAGGCCUCCUUGAAUGUUAUCUUAACUGGUCUAGCACUGAUAAGCCCUCGUGCUGUUUCUUCGGCACUGUAUCGUUCGUCGCAAAGUGUAACAAUCACCCCUAUCAGAAGCCACCACAUGUGGAUAUGCGCUUUGCAUACGUCUGAGUGGUUCACAAACGGUCUCAAUACCCACGACACCACACAGUGCCUCUCGAUUCGCCAACUUCCGUUCACGCCUUCAAUGAGCCCAUUUCACCUAUCACGAUCGUGCGAUUCCCACUCUUCGUUGUAAACACUCGUCAACCCCUGCCUUAUGCUAUUAUGCUUUCACACACUCACGGCACCGGCACCGCAUUUAACCUGAUUCCACGCAAUAACCCAUCUAGUUCCAUCUACGACAAGCCUCGCACGCAUCUUACACACAUGUUUCCUCUUCUUUCUCAUGAAAUGACCCCUCAGUACCACUCUCUUAGCUCUAUUUACGAAGGAUCUUUUUAGAGAUAUUUUUUUGCCGUAACUAUCGCUCUUACACAUUUCCGAUUAUCCGCUUUUACUCGUACGCUCUCCUACUCGCCUUGCUUUCUGCAUAAAUGCAUAGCACGUGUCCUAUACCUGUUUGUAUACAGUUAUGAGACUUGAAGGUUUCAAGUUCUUCUCUUUAUGUGACAUACUAAUGGAUUUAUACCGAGUUGGGUUGAUAUAUUGUUGCAAC